GGUUUAGUUUACACUUCACAGUUUUAAACCAUUUACAGUGAAAAGCUUCCAACCAUAGCUUCUUCUUCUUCUUCUUCGAGACGAUGCAACGAGGAUAAUCAUCAAAUCAAUUUCCAUUGAUUACCAACAAAAAUGGCGACUUUGAAGCCACUCGAAUCUCAAUUACUAAAAACCCUAACAUCAAUCCUCACAUCAGAGAAAACCCAUUUGCUCGAAACCCUAAAUCCCUACAUUCCUCAAAUCACACAGCCUCUCCUUUCCUCUCUCCUCUCUUCUCCUUCACUCGCUAAGAAACCAGAAACCCUAGUUUCUUUCUUCCAAUGGGCUCAAUCUUCAAUCCCCGAAGCAUUUCCAUCGGAUUCACCUCUUCCCCUUCUCUCCGUUGUCCGUUCUCUUCUCUCUCACCACAAAUUCGCCGACGCCAAGUCUCUUCUCGUCUCCUAUAUCCGUACCUCCGAUGCAUCUCUCUCUCUUUGCAACUCUCUUCUCCACCCGAAUCUUCAUCUAUCGCCUCCACCUUCUAAAGCUCUCUUCGACAUUGCUCUCAGUGCUUAUCUUCAUGCGGGAAAGCCUCACGUUGCGUUACAGAUUUUCCAGAAGAUGAUUCGAUUAAAGCUUAAGCCAAAUCUGCUCACUUGCAAUACUCUUCUCAUUGGUUUAGUCAGGUACCCUUCUAGCUUCUCUAUCUCGAGUGCUAGAGAAGUGUUUGAUGAUAUGGUUAAGAUUGGUGUUUCGCUUGAUGUGAAAACUUUCAAUGUUUUGGUUAAUGGGUAUUGCUUAGAGGGCAAGCUUGAGGAUGCUUUAGGAAUGUUAGAGAGGAUGGUUAGUGAAUUCAAUGUUAAUCCUGAUAAUGUUACUUACAAUACGAUUUUGAAAGCGAUGUCUAAGAAAGGGCGUUUGAAUGAUGUUAAGGAUUUGUUGUUGGAUAUGAAGAGGAAUGGAUUGGUGCCAAAUAGGGUUACUUACAAUAAUUUAGUGUAUGGUUAUUGUAAGUUGGGUUCGUUGAAAGAAGCAUUUCAGAUUGUGGAGCUGAUGAAGCAAACUAAUAUAUUACCGGAUCUUUGUACCUAUAACAUUCUGAUCAAUGGGCUUUGCAAUGCGGGGAGUAUUAGGGAAGGUCUUGAAUUAAUUGAUGCGAUGAAGAGUUUGAAGUUACAGCCCGAUGUGGUUACUUACAAUACAUUGAUUGAUGGGUGUUUCAAAUUGGGGCUUAGUUUGGAGGCUAGGAAGUUAUUGGAGCAAAUGGAAAACGAUGGAGUUAAACCUAACCAAGUGACUCAUAAUAUAUCUCUUAAGUGGCUUUGUAAGGAAGAGAAAAGGGAAGAGGUUACUAGAAAGGUUAAGGAAUUGGUGGAAAUGCACGGGUUUUCUCCUGAUAUAGUAACGUAUCAUACUCUAAUUAAAGCGUAUUUGAAAGUAGGGGAUUUGAGUGGAGCCCUUGAGAUGAUGCGUGAGAUGGGGCAAAAAGGCAUUAAGAUGAAUACUAUUACCCUUAAUACGAUUCUUGAUGCUCUAUGUAAAGAGAGGAAAGUUGAUGAGGCUCACAAUUUGCUGAACAGUGCGCACAAACGAGGAUAUAUUGUUGACGAGGUUAGUUAUGGCACAUUAAUCAUGGGAUACUUCAGGGAAGAAAAAUUGGAGAAAGCUUUGGAGAUGUGGGAUGAGAUGAAGAGAAUAAAGAUUACUCCUACCGUGAGCACAUUCAACUCUUUAAUUGGAGGUCUCUGUCACCAUGGAAAAACUGAGCUAGCAAUGGAGAAAUUCGAUGAGCUUGCUGAGAGUGGUUUGCUUCCUGAUGACAGUACUUUCAAUUCAAUCAUCCUUGGAUACUGCAAAGAAGGACGGGUUGAGAAAGCAUUCGAAAAUGGAGGAAAAUGGGCUAGAGCCUGAUCGGUUUACAUACAACAGUAUUAUCACUUCACUUAUGGAAGAUGGUAAGCUGAGUGAAGCAGAUGAAUUGUUACAUAAAUUUUCUGGACAAUUUGGAUCGAUGAAGCAGAAUUUACAGGCAGAGACAGAGCAAAAUCCAGCAACAAGUGAAUCAAAGGAGGAACUUAACACUGAAACUAUUGCUUAUUCAGAUGUAAUAAAUGAACUUUGUAGUA